UGUCAGACUCGAUUCCCUCUCUUCUUCCUCCUCAAGGGAAAGCUGCCCACUUCUAGCUGCCCUGCCCUCCCCUUUAAAGGGCGACUUGCCCAGCGCCAGACCGCGGCUCCAGCCCUCUCCAGCCUCUGGCUCAGCGGGCUCAUCAGUCCGUCCGCGCCUUGCAGCUCCUCCAGAGGGACGCGCCCCGAGAUGGAGAGCAAAGCCCUGAUCGCGCUGGCCCUGGCCGUGUGGCUCCAGAGUCUGACCGCCUCCCGCGGAGGGGUGGCCGCCGCCGACCAAAGAAGAGAUUUUAUCGACAUCGAAAGUAAAUUUGCCCUAAGGACCCCUGAAGACACAGCUGAGGACACUUGCCACCUCAUUCCUGGAGUAACAGAAUCCGUGGCUACCUGUCACUUCAAUCACAGCAGCAAAACCUUCAUGGUGAUCCACGGCUGGACGGUAACAGGAAUGUAUGAGAGUUGGGUGCCAAAACUUGUGGCCGCCCUGUACAAGAGAGAACCAGACUCCAACGUCAUUGUGGUGGACUGGCUGUCACGGGCUCAGCAGCAUUACCCAGUGUCCGCGGGCUACACCAAACUGGUGGGACAGGAUGUGGCCCGGUUUAUCAACUGGAUGGAGGAGGAGUUUAACUACCCUCUGGACAAUGUCCAUCUCUUGGGAUACAGCCUUGGAGCCCAUGCUGCUGGCAUUGCAGGAAGUCUGACCAAUAAGAAAGUCAACAGAAUUACUGGCCUCGAUCCAGCUGGACCUAACUUUGAGUAUGCAGAAGCCCCAAGUCGCCUUUCUCCUGAUGAUGCAGAUUUUGUAGACGUCUUACACACAUUCACCAGAGGGUCCCCUGGCCGAAGCAUUGGAAUCCAGAAACCAGUUGGGCAUGUUGACAUUUACCCGAAUGGAGGUACUUUUCAGCCAGGAUGUAACAUUGGAGAAGCUAUCCGUGUGAUUGCAGAGAGAGGCCUUGGAGAUGUGGACCAGCUAGUGAAAUGCUCCCAUGAGCGCUCCAUUCAUCUCUUCAUCGACUCCCUGUUGAAUGAAGAAAAUCCAAGUAAGGCCUACAGGUGCAGUUCCAAGGAAGCCUUUGAGAAAGGGCUCUGCUUGAGUUGUAGAAAGAACCGCUGCAACAAUCUGGGCUAUGAGAUCAAUAAAGUCAGAGCCAAAAGAAGCAGCAAAAUGUACCUGAAGACUCGUUCUCAGAUGCCCUACAAAGUCUUCCAUUACCAAGUAAAGAUUCAUUUUUCUGGGACUGAGAGUGAAACCCAUACCAACCAGGCCUUUGAGAUUUCUCUGUAUGGCACCGUGGCCGAGAGUGAGAACAUCCCAUUCACUCUGCCUGAAGUUUCAACAAAUAAGACAUACUCCUUCCUAAUUUACACAGAGGUAGAUAUUGGAGAACUACUCAUGUUGAAGCUCAAAUGGAAGAGUGAUUCAUACUUUAGCUGGUCAGACUGGUGGAGCAGUCCCGGCUUUGCUAUUCAGAAGAUCAGAGUAAAAGCAGGAGAGACUCAGAAAAAGGUGAUCUUCUGUUCUAGGGAGAAAGUGUCUCAUUUGCAGAAAGGAAAGGCACCUGCGGUAUUUGUGAAAUGCCAUGACAAGUCUCUGAAUAAGUCAGGCUGAAACUGGGCGGAUCUACAGAACAAAGAACGGCACACGAAUUCUGUGAUGAAUGAAGUGAAGGAAGUAACUUUUACAAAACAUCCCCAGUGUUUGGGGUGUUUCAAAAGUGGAUUUUCCUGAAUAUUAAUCCCAGCCCUAUCCUUGUUAGUUAUUUUAGGAGACAGUCUCUAGCACUAAAAAGUGGCUAAUUCAAUUUGUGGGGUAUAGUGGCCAAAUAGCACAUCCUCCAACGUUAAAAGACGGUGGAUCAUGAAAAGCGCUGUUUUGUCCUUUGAGAAAGAAAUAAUUGUUUGGGCGCAGAGUAAAAUAAGGCUCCUUCAUGUGGUGUAUUGGGCCAUCGCCUAUAAUUGGUUAGAACCUCCUAUUUUAAUUGGAAUUCUGGAUCUUUCAGACUGAGGCCUUCUCAAAGUUUACUCCAAGUCUCCAAGAAUACAGAAAAUGCUUUUCCGCAGCAUGAAUCAGACUCAUCUACACAGCAGUAUGCAUGAUGUUUUAGAAUGAUUCCCUCUUGCUCUUGGAAUGUGGUCCAGAAGUCAACCAGGAACGUGUGACUUGGAGAGGGACAAAGAAAGGGUCUGAUAAACACAGAGGCUUUAAAGAGUCCCUACCAUUGGCUUGCAUCAUGACAAAGUUACAAAUUCAAGGAGAUAUAAAAUCUAGAUCAAUUAAUUCUUAAUAGGCUUUAUCGUUUAUUGCUUAAUCCCUCUCUCCCCCUUCUUUUUUGUCUCAAGAUUAUAUUAUAAUAAUGUUCUCUGGAUAGGUGUUGAAAAUGAGCCUAUAAUCUUCAGCUGACACAUAAUUUGAAUGGUGCAGAAAAAAAAGAUACCAUAAUUUUAUUAUUAGAUUCUCCAAAUGAUUUUCAUCAAUUUAAAAUCAUUCAAUAUCUGACAGUUACUCUUCAGUUUUAGGCUUACCUCGGUCAUGCUUCAGUUGUACUUCCAGUGCGUCUCUUUUGUUCCUGGCUUUGACACGAAAAGAUAGGUUUGAGUUCAAAUUUUGCAUUGUGUGAGCUUCUACAGAUUUUAGACAAGGACCGUUUUUACUAAGUGAAAGGGUGGAGAAGUUCCUGGGGUGGAUUCCUAAGCAGUGCUUGUAAACCAUCGCGUGCAAUGAGCCACAUGGAGUACCAUGAGGGUUGCUAUUUGUUGUUUUUAACAACUAAUCAAGAGUGAGUGAACAAUUAUUUAUAAACUAGAUCUCCUAUUUUUCAGAAUGCUCUUCUAUGUAUAAAUAUGAAAUGAUAAAGAUGUCAAAUAUCUCAGAGGCUACAGCUGGGAACCCGACUGUGAAAGUGUGUGAUAUCUGAACACAUACUAGAAAGCUCUGCAUGUGUGUUGUCCUUCAGCAUAAUUCGGAAGGGAAAACAGUCGAUCAAGGGAUGUAUUGGAACAUGUUGGAGUAGAAAUUGUUCCUGAUGUGCCAGAACUUUCACCCUUUCUCUGAGAGAGAUGAUCGUGCCUAUAAACAGUAGGACCAAUGUUGUGAUUAACAUCAUCAGGCUUGGAAUGAAUUCUCUCUAAAAAUAAAAUGAUGUAUGAUUUGUUGUUGGCA